AUGCCGCAGGACGCCGCGGUAUGCCGCGGCACAUCGUGGCGUGCCGUUUCAUUCCACAGACGUCCCGCAAGUCACGUCGGUCACAGAAUUAUGACAAUUAAACUAAUUGAAAUAAGGUUUGAAACUAGUGCGGCGGCGAUUUCGGCGAAUGGCGCGCAGCGAAUGUGCCGCGGCAUGCCGCAACGCGCUUCGGCAUGCCGCGACGCGCUUCGACGUGCCGCGGCAUGCCGUGCCGUGCCGCGACGCAACGUAACGAGUCCUCAAAAAGAAGCUCUUCUUGAAGCCAUAAACUCGGCUCAGGAAGGCAUAGAGAAGCUGAGAAAGGAACUCGUCGCUUACAAUAAGACGCUUAGACAGAUGCAGGACGAGGCGGUAGCGCGGUCCCUAUCGCGACUUCAACUUGCGCAGGUGAAUGCGAAGAAACCAAAAACUCGAGAAGAAGCACAGAAGGAAAUUCUGGAUGCUGAAUUGGACAUGUUUACUAAACAACAGGAGGGUCAAGACGUAACGGAGCUGCAAAAGAAAAUUUCCGAGCUUCGUCGGCAGAUGACUAUACAGUUCCCGCCGCACCCUGCCAUGCGUAGACCACAUUCCAGCUAUCGCAUAGUGAAACGCAAACUUAGUAUUUACAAAUGCACUCUAUUCUCAAGGGGCGGUCGCUUUAACACUGCGACGAGGUUCACCCGAGGAGCGCCAUCACCUAAAGUCUUUGUCAACCAAUCUGUCGACCAUAGGCCGAGAGCUCUGCUCAUAUCCGGAUUUGAAGCUGACGAGCUAGACGCUUUGACUGCACAUUUUGCUCAAUUCGGCGAAAUCACACACAAGGAGACCAACCUCGCGGUGCCCGAGCUGAUCGUCGUGUACAAGGCAAGAGCGCACGCGGAACAAGCCGCUCACAGCGGCAAACAUUACAACGACCGGACGUUGUCCAUCACGUGGGUGACGAACACGAAGGCGUUGAGCGGCGUGAACGCCGUGGCCGCGCCCGCGCCCGCGCCCACCACCAACCACAACGGGGACGCCAACCACGACGACGACAAGAUGCCCGAGACACCAACGGAACUCAACGAGGACUCUCUCCUCCGGUUCGAUGAAGAGGAAGACGAGGACGCCGAAGACAGAUCCUGGAGACGUUGACAUCGAGCCAACCCGCACCUCCGCAGCCAUCGGUACCAGCACCAGUGCCAACGGUGCCACAAUGGCGCGAGGACUCUGUGAAAUCUAAGUUUAUUUAGUGGUGUGUUUACACUGUCAAUAUUUUCGUCAAUACUUUCGUUUUACGUCAUAGUUAAGCAAAUUACAAUUGACAGCAUUCAAAUAGCAAUUUUGCAAUUGACGGCAUUCAAAUUGCAAUUUUGCAAUUGACCCCUUUCAGAUUGCAAUUUUGCAAUUGCAAUGCCGUCAAAGGUGCAGUUCGCUCUAUGUCACUAGGAAGUAUUUUUAUUUCUAAAAGCAAAAUUUAUUUUUUUAUCUAAGAUCAAAACCUGUGUUGACUACGCAAAAUCAGCUCGCAUAUUUCCGACGCGUUUUUUUCCGUCAUUUAAUACGUAACAGUUAUCCAAUAGUGAGAGUAUCGAAUUUCAUUAAAUUCCGUAUUUAACAAUAAGGUAGGCUCAUUAAAUAAAAAUAGGUUAUAUUAGUUAUAUAAAACAAGUGACAUUUUAAACUAAAAGAAAUAUCACACGAAUCGACUGGAAUGUCACUUAUUUAUAAAUUCGACGAUCCAUUUGAAAGCCUUUAUACACUGUACAAUUUUUUUAUCUACGCGUUUGUAAAUAGAUAUUGCAAUAUUAAACUCGCCGUUUGUCUUUACUGUUAAGGUUUAUUAUCGAUUCAAAAGUAUUGAUAGUGUAAAAACAGUAUAAUAAAGCGUCAAGUUGUAGCUAAAAUUUAGAACUUAUCGACUAUGACAUCAUUAUAUGGUAUGCGACGCGAUCUGUACAAACUGUCAGUUUUGAUUGAAUAUUGAAUAUAGUGAAUAUUGAACACCGAAAAUUUUUUUAAUAAUAAAUAUUUGUGAUUGAUUUAUAAUAAUUACAAUAAUAGGCCGUAAAUAUUACAGUUUUAAAAAAGAUGAUCGGAAAACAUCGGCUACGUUCGGAUUUUCUAGAGCACCGUGUCAGUCACACUAAUUGUAUGGCAGAGACAACUCUCUUCAAAGGUGACAUCAGCCGAUCGUCUAUUCUACAUCUCGUUGUGUAACAUCGUCGGUGUUUGUGUUGUGUGUAUGAAACAGAUACCGUUCUGACACGACACGUCAGACAAAUGUAAAUCCGGCUUUAGGCAAUAUCCGUGAUUUACGACUGUUCCCAACGUUAAAUGUUCACUCGUAUAAAAGA